ACUGGGAGCCAGCGAGCGCGCAAGGCGGGGAGCUGCGGGAGUCCCGGUGCCCCAGCCAGCCAGCCGCGCUGCCCUCCUCGCCUUGCAAAGCCACCCUGGCGUGGCCGUGCCUGGAAAGCGCAAGGCGAAGCCUCCCUUCCCCGCGCCCGGCUCUCCAUUCAUAGCCCGGGCUGGCAGCACCUCCAUGGGCUGAUUCCCUGCGAGAGCAGCAGCAACCGCAGCCAGGAGGAGGAGGAGCGCCUGCAACUACUCCGCCUGCCUGCCUGCCUAGGCCUCGGCUCCAGCCUCGCUCUGCAGCCGUCGCCGCCGCUCUCUCGGCCAUGGACAGCUGAAAAGGGGAACGAGGAAAGGGGGAAGGCCGUGUCUUGUGUGGCGGGGGCUGAACUUCUCGCAUCGGUCACUUGCUUGAGAGACGUCCUGCCAUUAUGAAUGAAGUUGCCAUUGUAAAGGAAGGUUGGCUCCACAAACGAGGAGAGUACAUUAAAACAUGGAGGCCAAGGUAUUUCCUGUUGAAGAACGAUGGGACGUUUAUCGGCUACAAAGAGCAGCCACAAGAUGUCGACCAACGGGAGUCCCCCUUAAAUAACUUCUCUGUGGCUCAAUGCCAGUUGAUGAAGACGGAGAGACCCAAACCGAACACAUUCAUCAUCAGAUGCCUCCAGUGGACCACAGUAAUUGAAAGAACGUUUCAUGUGGAGACUCCAGAGGAGCGGGAAGAAUGGACAAAAGCCAUCCAAACAGUAGCAGACAGCCUUAAGAAACAGGAGGAAGAAAUAAUGGAUUUUCCAUCUGGUUCCCCCAGUGAUAAUUCAGGUGCUGAAGAAAUGGAAAUUUCUAUGACAAAACCAAAACAUAAAGUGACUAUGAAUGAAUUCGAAUAUCUUAAGCUGCUGGGAAAAGGCACCUUCGGGAAGGUUAUUCUGGUGAAAGAGAAAGCGACAGGACGGUAUUACGCUAUGAAAAUCCUGAAGAAGGAAGUAAUUGUAGCAAAGGAUGAAGUGGCACAUACCCUGACAGAAAACCGGGUUUUACAGAACUCUAGGCAUCCUUUCUUAACAGCCUUAAAGUAUUCCUUUCAGACGCAUGACCGGCUGUGCUUUGUCAUGGAGUAUGCCAACGGAGGGGAGCUGUUCUUCCACCUAUCACGGGAGCGUGUCUUUUCUGAAGACCGGGCCCGUUUUUAUGGAGCUGAGAUUGUAUCAGCACUGGAUUACCUGCAUUCAGAGAAGAAUGUGGUCUACAGGGACUUAAAGUUGGAAAACUUGAUGCUGGACAAAGACGGGCACAUAAAGAUAACGGAUUUCGGGUUGUGCAAAGAAGGGAUCAAGGACGGAGCGACGAUGAAGACUUUCUGCGGCACGCCGGAGUAUCUCGCGCCGGAGGUGUUGGAGGACAACGACUACGGGCGUGCGGUGGACUGGUGGGGCUUAGGAGUCGUCAUGUACGAAAUGAUGUGUGGGCGUCUCCCCUUCUACAACCAGGACCACGAGAAGCUCUUUGAACUCAUCCUCAUGGAAGAGAUUAGGUUUCCGCGCACCUUGUCGCCCGAAGCGAAAUCUCUUCUAUCGGGCUUGCUAAAGAAGGAUCCUAAGCAAAGGUUAGGUGGUGGGCCGGAUGACGCCAAGGAGAUAAUGCAACACAAAUUUUUUGCCGGCAUCGUAUGGCAAGAUGUAUAUGAGAAAAAGCUGGUACCUCCAUUUAAGCCACAGGUGACGUCUGAAACGGACACGCGCUACUUCGAUGAAGAAUUCACAGCACAGAUGAUCACAAUCACCCCCCCAGACCAAGACGACAGCAUGGAUUGCAUCGAUAGCGAGCGACGGCCUCAUUUCCCUCAGUUCUCAUAUUCUGCCAGCGGGACGGCUUAACGUUUUGCUCGCCCACGCAGAGGAAGCGGCUCAACAGCAUUUUGGUGGACAUUUAUUUUGAUGACGGACACUAGAGAACUCUCUACGACACGUGAAUUGCAAACUAUGUUUGUACUCGGGUUCAGUUGAAUUUGUAGAAAGCCUUGCGGGUUGUAUAUUUAAAGCAAUCCUGAUGUGUUUUUGAGACCGAGUCUCUGAUGCAUUUUUUUUUUUAGAAGGAAGACAAGAAAUCCAUUCUUAAAAUGAUUAAAAUGUUGUUUAAAAAUAAAAGGGGGGCAUUUUCUUCUGGAAACAACUACCUUUUAGGUUUUUUAAGGAUAUGCACCCCCGACACCGUUUACUUUCUAGAAGUUUACGGCAUCCAACACAGCAGCUACAUUGACCAUUUAACUAAACAACACAGUUUCUUAUUUAUUUCAUACUGUUUGUCAUGUAAGUAGUAAACAGCACUCUUACGAUACAAGAGACAAGACUUAAGAGAGUGCAAGAAUGGACGUGACAAAGAAAAUGAAGAAAUUCCAGAGAUGUGACGGUUCAACUUCCACUCGGGCAGUCGUGAAGAUGAUUGGCUGCUCUAGGAACUUAACUAUAGGAAUGGCAUUGAUGACCUCAGUGAGGUGAAAUAAAUUGUGUGUGAGAGAAAAAACAUAAACCCGGCUGCGAGAGACGUUACAUAUCCAACGGAGCUGAGCAUGAAAUCCGUUCCGUUUUUGACAUUACGCAGGCAAGAUGGUGCGUUGAACGAUCCCAUUGUUGUGUGUGUGUGCACGCACACGCUAAGAUUGGCUUUGCCAAAUCUUGGCAACCACCCCCUGGCAAUUCCUCGUGUACAGGCCAUUUUGAAACCAGCUGAGGAAGUCCCGGAGCACUGCAUCGCUUCCCCACCCCCACUCGCCUCGUUGGAGUGCUUGUUCCAGGAGUUUUCCCAAGGACACGGCCCCCAGGCAUACGAGGCAGUUGCCCAGCGCCAUCUGCAAAUGCUUACACAGCUGCAAAACUGACCUUGUGGGAAGUCCGCUUUCCGUUUUUAAAAACCCACAGAAAGCUUUUUCUCGAGUUGCCUUUUAACGGAAUGAAUUGAUGCAGCAAGGGACAUAUUUUGAGCACCGGAGCCAUUUUUCUUCAUACUUUCAAGGGUCCCUGGUCGAAGCGACCACGUGCCAGACACAGUUCAGACGGCAAUCCUGAAUCUUCUGCUCUUUUUUUUUAAAUGUACAUUUUUGUAAAGGUUCUUGCAGGGGGGAGGGGACACUUCUGUGCUUGGAGGAGACUCCUUUAACAGUGGCUGGGGUGGGGUGUAAAAAGAAAAAAGGGUAGGGUGGCACUUCAUGUGUUCAAGGAAAUAAGGGCGUUCAAAAAGGUUGGUUUCCCCCCCCCCCCCCAUUCUUGAGACUUCCCCCCACCCCCCUUCCCCUCUAUGGUUUUGUCUUGUAUUUUCGUAAAGAAACCACUUCAUUCUGACUCUGCCAAAAAAUGAUAUCAAGACCCAUCUUUUUUGCCGUUGCUGCAGCCAGGGCUUUCUGGCUUCCACUUGUGCUGCGAACAAGUUUAUUCAUUUGUGGCUUUUCUGUUUGUUCCUUUAGAUAUGCUUUUGUUUUGUUUUGUUUCUCUGUUCUCUUAUCUGUACAAAGUUGAUUAAAUAAACUCUGCAGUUCCUUAGCAUUUUUUUUUUAAUUUGAAAGGGAGCAUAUUUAAAGUUACCCUCAAACUUUUCCCUCUACACGAAACCCCAUUAUGUUUUGGUUUGUUUUUGUUUUUUUUAACCAAUGUUCCGUUCUAGUAUUUUUACUUAUGGUAUGAAAGUUUCCCUCGAAAUACUUCAAUAAAACGCGCUUUAACAAGUUA